UUUUCAAAGUACAGCAAUACCAAACCAGCCCUGAGUUGUGCUAGAAUGUAGCAUAAUUAUGUUGUGUUUCUGCUUCGAAGUUCUGAUGUUUUGCUUGACGAGCUAAUUUUAGAUGUCACGAUGGAAGGAUUGAGUUUGACCUUUAGGCGCUGGGCUACUAAAAAAUCUGCUGGAUCCACCAAAAAUGGUCGAGAUUCAAAUCCCAAAUUUCUUGGAGUGAAGAAAUUUGGCGGAGAGAGAGUGAUACCUGGAAACAUCAUUGUUCGACAAAGAGGCACCCGUUUUCAUCCUGGAAAUUAUGUUGGUUUAGGGAAGGAUCACACUCUUUUUGCUCUGAAAGAAGGCUCUGUUAAGUUUGAACACCACAAGCUCAGCGGACGCAAGUGGGUGCAUAUCGUGCCCAAGGAAGGUCACGUCCUUCACCCCGUCGAUGCAAAUGGUGCGACUGCGCCAUCGACAGCGUAGUUGAAGACGGUUUCAUAUCCUUAUAAGCUUGUUUUUUGAUCAUUUUAGGUUCAAACCUUUCCCCAGGUUGGUUAGAAUAAGAAAAGCGAUGUUAUGCCAAAACCCGAUAGGUUUCUGUUAUUUAGAAGCUCGUGAUCUUAGAUGAAGGAAUGCACAUCUCAGUUUUACAUUAAUUUGAACUCUCUUGUUUCAGCUUA